AUGUCUUCCUCCCCCGACUUGAGCCAGGUGACACACUCCGACCCAGAUACGCCAUCCCAGACCGCAAUAUUGUGCAAAGACGAUGCUGAACACAACGAACCCCCCGAGAAAACCGGCGCCGUGUACCCAGCCGACACACUCUCGCUGCCACGACAGAUCUUCUUCAUCGGCACGCUUUGCACGGCCAUGUUCACCAACCAGGUCGGGAUGGGCAACACCCUCACCACCGUCGGCGUGAUUGGCGACUCGUUCGGCAUCACCAACCCGGGCCAACGGUCCUGGUUGAUCGCGGGCUACAGCCUGACGAUUGGCACCUUCAUCCUCAUCGGCGGUCGGCUGGGCGACGAGUUCGGCAACAAGAACCUCUUUGUCGUCGGCAUGGGCUGGUACGCGCUGUGGUCCCUCGUCGCCGGCCUGUCUGUCUUUUCUUCCUCCGCCGUCCUAUUCAUCUUCGCCCGCGUCUUCCAAGGCAUGGGCCCGGCCUUGACGCUGCCCAACGCCCUCGCCAUCCUCGGCCGGUCGUACUCGCCGGGCCCGCGCAAAAACAUGGCGUUCGCGUGGUUUGGCGGGUCGGCCCCCUUCGGCGCCAUCGCGGGGUUCCUGUGCGGAGGCCUCUUCGCACUGGCCUGGUGGCCGUGGAUAUAUUGGAGCCAGGCCAUUGCUCUCGCCGCCAUUGCCGUCUUUGCGGCCCGGACGAUCCCUCCUCUGCCUGUCCAGCGAGAGCCAAACCAAACCAUCCGGGCAACGCUGGACGCCCUCGACAUCCCUGGAAUGGUCACCGGUGUCACGGCUCUGGUCCUGUUCAAUUUUGCGUGGAACCAGGCCGUGGUUGUCGGCUGGCAGGAGCCGUACGUCGGUGUCUGUCUGGUGCUCGGGCUCUUGUUCGCAGCGGCCUUCUUCUGGGUCGAGAUCUAUCAUGCAAAGUCUCCGAUCCUCCCCCUUGCGGCGUUCAAUUCCGACAUUGCUUUUGUCUUUGCGUGUACGGCGACGGGCUGGGCGUGUUUUGGCAUAUGGGUCUUCUAUAUCGGACAGGUCGCCCUCGACCUUGGAGGCAACACGCCUUUCCAGAUGGCAGCCUGGUUCAUACCGGUGAUCCCGUCCGGUCUGACCUCAGCCCUCGCGGUGGGCAAGUUGCUCGGCAAAGUCCCUGCCUCCUGGAUCAUGGUCGUCGGACAAGUCGCCUAUGUGGUCGGAUCCAUCCUCGCAGCGGCUCGACCUGUGCAUUCGACGUACUGGACCUACUACUUCUUCAGCGUCCUCAUCAUCACCGUCGGCAUGGACACCUCUUUCCCCUCAGCCACCAUCAUCUUCUCUAAUGCUGUUCCCCAGAGAUACCAGGGUAUGGGCGCGAGUAUAGUCAUGACCGUGGUCAACUACAGCAUAUCACUUGGUCUGGGCUUUGCCGGCACGAUCGAAACAAACAUCAAUCAUGGCGGGUUGACCGAUGCCGACAUGCUUCUCGGCUACCGCGGUGCUCUCUGGUUUGCGGUUGGGCUAGCUGGGCUCGGCCUGUUGCUGAGCCUUGUCUUUGUCGCGAAAUCGUCCUGGAAGGACGGAUCCAAAGGACAACGUUGA